AUGGGAAGACGGCUGCUCCCACUGCUGCUGCUGCUGCUUCCGCUGUCGGAAACCAGGCCGGGCGGCCGCACCCCAAUCUGUCCAAGCCACAGAGCUUUCGAGCGGCAGCUGCUGGCAGCGCUGGGUUCUGGCGGCAGAGACUUGGCCACAACGCUCCGCGGCUGGCGUCCUGCGGUGGUCCGGGGUUUCGUGACGCCCGAGUCGGCAGAGGCCCUCAAGCGAGAGCUGUUGGGACCGGCUGCCUCCUACUCGAGGAUGACCCUCGAUCCGGCCGAGGCAUGGCGUCACAGAUACAACCGGAAGGUGUAUCACGACAUUGCGAUUGCGGCGGAUGUUGCAGUAAACCCAUGGAGGAGUGGUCUCUCAGCAAAGGCCAGAAAAAGCGCUGCCAACGCUUCCUGCGUAGGAAUUCUGGAUUUGGCGACGGGUGGGGUCUUACCAAACGACGCAGCGCAACCGCCGAGGCGCAAGCAUUGGGCCCCGCUUACAAGCCGAGCCAUUGGGCCGGGUCAAGACCGAGUCAUGUUGGACAAGCCGCCUGGCUAUCUGGUCGUUCAGCUGCAGAGGGGGAGCUACUACUCCAAAGAUCUGAGCGCGCUCGACAACGAGGACUUCGAGAAAUACCAGCUUUUUGGCCCGGCACCCAACUUGCCCUGCUUCGGAAAGCUGCUCCAAGCUUUGGCAUCGGACGCGGUGGCCGAGAAGUUGAGCGACCUGCACGGGUUUCGGAGAGCUAGGCUCCGGCCGUUUGGUAUCCGAAUCUACCAGCACAACAAGUGGUACCACUACACUGGCUCUCACACCGACCAGAUGAGGUUCAAGCUCCUGGACAAAGAAGGACGGUACCGUUAUCUACAAAGCCUUGUCUCCGUGAACUUGAACAUCGGCGGCGACGAAGAACCAGGAUUUGGCAACGGAGGACUUGUCUGGUGUACACCUUCUCCUCGAUGGGUCCCCGCCCCCACGGGCUCUGCCACGAUGUUUCGCAUCGGAAACCAUUCAUGGCAUGCUGUCCUUCCGGGCCUGCGGCGUCCAUCGGGUGCGCGGCUAACCAUGCAGAUCCUUUAUGCAGCAGAGCUGCCCGUGGCCGGGACCCCUUCUGCUCCUGGCUACAGCUGGGACGACAGGCCGCUUUCAAUGUACGGGCCUCCUGUAGCAGCGACCACGUCGGAGAAUGAGACCCUGGACCCCGACAGUGAAGACUGCCACGAUGUGGGUGCACUGGCCCUGACCAAGCUUGUCGGCCCGUGGACAGACAGCCAGGAGCACGCAAACUGCGAAGAGAGGUUGCUGGACGGCGGUGAUGCUGGGCGUGCCGACUGGAGGAACUGUGCUGCUGGCUCCCAGUGGAUGCCUCUGUGUUGUGCCACAUGCCAGCGCAUUUUGCGUGCCCGCGAUGCCGUCGUGAUUGGGUUGACAGAUCGGCGGCAUGCCUUGGCGGCUUCGCUUGCGAAGAGCGGCCUGGCCUCGGAGCCUCUCAAAGGCUCUGGUCGUCGGCUGCCGCUACUUGCACUUGGCACUGGUGGAAUGUCCGGCAAGGUUGCCAGAGAAGUCAUUGCAUUUGCAUUGCGGGCCGGAUACAGACAUUUGGACUCGGGCACGAUGUACCCCAGCUACCCCGACGAGCUGCGGCAGGGCGUAGCCGACAGUGGUGUGCGGCGGGAGAAGCUGUUCAUCACGAACAAGGUGCCACCCGAUGCCAUGGGAUUCGAGGCUACUUGGGCUCUCCUCCAGAGGUUUGCCGAAGAAAUGCCAGGAGGCUAUGCCGACCUUUGCAUGGUACACUGGCCGAACACGGCGGAACAGGCACCCGCCUCCGUGAAGGACCCUGAGCUUUGGUCGGUGUUGGAGCGUAUUGGCACCUGGAAGGCUCUGGAGGCGGCCUACGACGUGGGCAUUUGCAAGGCCUUGGGCGUGAGCAACUUCAUGCUGAAGCAUCUCCAGGAGCUUCAGAGAUAUGCCCGCGUUCCCCCGGCGGUGAAUCAAAUCGAGUAUUCUCCUACAGCGCCUUUGACCGAUGUGUUGGACUUCUGCCGUUCAAACGGCAUUGUCGUCGAAGUCUUCGCGUGGAAUCGUCUGGAAGUGUUGGUGCAGCAGGAGCUUUUGGAUUUGGCACAGUCCCUGGCACCUGGUAGCACCAAAGAAGUGCAUCGGAACUUUGUCCAGCAGGUGCUCAUGCGGUGGUUCGUACAACAGGGGAUGGUGCCGCUGUUCCGGACAGAGCGACAGGAAAACAUACUCAACACGGCAGAGGGGCUGCUGAAGGUGCCACAGCUGUCGGAGGCACAGAUCCAGUCGCUCUACAAGCCGCGCAGUGAUUACCCAUGGAAGUAUUAUGGCGGCGCUGUGCCGUGGACAACGCCAGUGCUUCCAACUGCCGACUAA